ACGUCUCUGUGUAUAAUAAUGAAAUUAAACAACCGGAAUCAAAAUUUUAUUAAUUCUUUUUUAAAAGGGAUGAAAUGUAACUUGUGUACAAAACAUCAAAGGAGACCCAAAAAGUGUGUACCAGGGGAAGCUGCAUGGGUUGACUUGCCUUGCUCAUGGAUGGUACGUGAAAGCAUUCUUAGACAUGGGCGCAGUGAGACACAUAAAGAGGCUGUUGCUUUUGAAGGGGCAAGAGUUCUAGCUAACACCAGUCUUGCAACAGCAGUUGAGAAGGAAGUUACAUUAAAUGAGAUGGCAAUGGAAUCAGCAAUGAAGUGCUUGUAUUGGCUGUGCAAAAGGGAACUUCCACACACAACCAACUAUGUUCCUUUGAUGAACCUUUGCAAAGACCUUGGUGUUGAUGUUCUGAAUGCCUUGAUGGUUGGAGAGAAUGCAAAAUACACCUCUGAAAGAUUCAUCCAGGAAGCUUUGCUGUCAUUUAAAUAUGUUGUACAGACUCCACUUAUCUGUGACCUGAAAAAUUCUCCCUUCUAUACUGUGAUGGUUGAUGAAACUACUGAUGUAGCUGUUAAGAAGGAAUUGAUUCUCUAUGUGAGAUUUCUUAAAAAUGGCAAAAGUUCAACUCAUUUUCUAAAAAUGAUUGAACUUUUUGAUGGGAAAGCAGCAACUAUCAAAAGUGCCAUAGUCCAAACUCUGGAGGAGAUUGACGUGCCAUUGGAGAAGAUGUGUGCAUUAGGAAGUGAUGGGGCAUUUGUCAUGCUUGGUAGAAAAGGAGGUGUUGCAGCAUUGCUGAAGGAGUCUGUUCCAACCUUGAUUGCAAACCACUGUGUUGCCCAUAGGUUGGCUUUAGCAAGCUCACAAGCUGCUGCUGCUGUCCCUUACCUGAAGAAGUUUAAGGCUAUUGUGGAACAGCUGUACAGGUUCUACCAGUACAGUGCAGUCAGAAUGGCAGCACUUCAUCACAUUCAGGAAAUUCUCCAGGAGCCAGUUAUCAAAAUUACAGAGGCAAAAGAUGUAAGGUGGCUUUCCCAUGACAAAGCUGUCCAAUCUAUAAGGAGAUGCUUUCCUUCAAUCAUUACAAGUUUGGAGAGAGAAGCCAAGGAGAGAGGAGAUGCCCAGGCACUAGGCUUGGCCACAUUUGUACAGAAGUUUGACUUCAUUGCAACCUUGUACAUGAUGUGUGAUUUGCUGCCACCACUAUCACAACUGUCAAAAGCCUUGCAGAGAAAAGAUGCAGACUACACAGUAGUAAGACCUCUUGUGACUGGAACUAUAAAGACCAUCCAAUCAUUUAAAGAAAGGCAUGGGGAAAAUUAUGCUUCAGUGAGGAAAGUGAUAGAUGAUUUGAUUAAAGAAAACUUCAAAGUCAAGAGUCCAACAGAGGAGGAAUUUGAUAAAUUUGAAAGACAGGUCUACUUUCCAUACAUUGACCAUGUGGUGGAGAAUUUAGAGAAGAGGUUUCCAGAUUUACCUUUGUUGGAAAGCUUUUCUGUGUUUGACCCCAUCAGUGUUCCAGAAGAUCCAGAAGAAGCUGAUGGUUAUGGCAGGGAGCAAAUAGGGAUCCUUUCUGACCACUUUAAAUUGGAUCUGGUGCCAUUAAGCCAGGAGUGGAGGCUACUAAAAAAUACAAUUAAUACUGAUGACAGCCUCAAGUCUCUAUCUGCAAGUUUGAUCAUGCAGCAAUUGGCUGGCAAGUUAUCAGCAGGUUUUCCUCUGUCGUCCAGCCUAUCAGCUGUUGGCUUAUUAUUGCCUACAUCUACUGCAGAUUGUGAAAGGGGAUUUUCAACCCUAAAGAGGAUCAAGACAGAGUUGAGGAACAGGCUAUCAAAUAAGAUAACCAACUGUCUUGUUACCAUAUCACUAGAAGGAGAAGAGAGUACAGAGAUAGAUAUUUCUGAUGCUGUUCAGCACUGGAAGACCCAAAAGAACAGGAGGAUCUUUUCUUGAACUUUAUUUACUUUUUUUAUUGACUGAAAUCAAUUCAUUUCAUACAUGUAUAUAUUCUUUUAAUUUAUAAAUA